UGUCGGCGGGCGCGAGGCUCGAUCCGUGCGUGACGGUUAGGACGAGCGCCCUGGGCCGUUGCGCACGCGGGGAUGAGGAGAUGCGGUCGGGCUGUUGCCGCCGGCUGAGGCGCGCGGGCUGCCAGCCGCCUCGCGGCAUCAUGUGCGCCAAGCGGCGGGGCUGCCGCCCUGCCCUCGCCCUGCUGUGGCUGCUGCCCGGUUUGCUGCUGCUGGUCGCCGCGGCGCUGCUCAACCCGCCGCCCGGUCACCCCCCGGGUCCCGGUCAGGAUGGCACGGCGGCGGCGGCGGCGGCGGCGGGCUGGACGUCGGAGGGUAGCCGGCUGCCGGCGCUAGCACCGCCGCCCACCGAGUUCUUCGCCGAAGACGAGCUGAUGGUGGCGACCGAGGGACCGGCAAGUAAGAGGAGCUGGAGGAAGACGGUGUACCGGCUGGUGAGGACAGGUGGACGGGGACUCCCCGGGCGACGUGCCGGUCCGGUCCUGGGACCCGAGCAGCAUGGGCAACAGCUCCGAGGCUUUAACGAGGUUGUCAGCGAGCGGAUCUCCCUGCACCGAAGACUACCUGAGGUACGCGACCCUUUAUGCCUGCAGCAGGAAUAUGGUCAGAACCUGCCAAGUGCCAGCAUCAUAAUUUGCUUCCAUAAUGAAGCCUGGUCCACUCUUCUAAGAACAGUGAACAGUGUUAUGGACACAGCUCCAAAAAGAUUUCUCAAGGAGAUCAUCUUAGUGGACGACCUCAGUAACCAAGGACACCUGAAGGCAGCUUUAAGUGAGUAUAUUUCCAAGCUGGACGGUGUCAGGUUGAUUCGCAGCAACAAAAGAUUAGGGGUGAUUGGAGGUCGUAUGCUUGGUGCGGCUCGGGCAACAGGAGAUGUCUUGAUUUUUAUGGACUCUCAUUGCGAGUGUCACAACGGCUGGCUUGAACCACUCUUGGAUAGAAUAGCUUUUGACAGGACUCGUGUUGUUUCUCCUGUAAUAGAUGUCAUUGACUGGAAGACAUUCCAGUAUUAUCACUCUGUUGAUUCGCAGAGAGGAGUCUUCAACUGGAACCUGGACUUUCAUUGGGAACCAAUACCAGAGAAUGAACAAAAAUGGAGGAAGUCUCCUAUCAGCCCCAUACAAAGUCCAGCAAUAUCUGGAGGGGUGCUAGGAAUCAACCGACAUUAUUUCCAAAAUAUCGGUGCAUAUGAUCCUGGAAUGCUGAUGUGGGGAAUUGAAAAUUUGGAACUAUCUCUCAGGGUCUGGCUCUGUGGGGGUUCAGUGGAGGUCCUGCCCUGUUCCAGGGUCGGUCAUGUGUACCAGAAACAUGCCCAUAGUUCUCUACCUGAUAAAGAGACUGUAAUGAAAAACAAAAUUCGUGUGGCUGAGAUUUGGUUGGAUUCCUUCAAGGAAAUCUUCUACAAGAGGGACUUGGCUGCAUAUUUGCUCAGUAAGGCUGAGAUGCCAGACUGUAAGGAACGACUGCAGCUGCAGAUGAGACUACGCUGUAAGAAUUUUCAUUGGUUUUUAAAUAACAUCUACCCAGAGCUCUAUGUGCCCGAAGACAAACCAGGAUAUUCUGGGGAGGCAAGACAAAGGUUUUUGCUCUAUAAUAUCGGUACAGGUUUCUGUGCAGACUAUGAAACUAAAUGGAACACCGGUGGAUACCCUAUUAUUCUUGCACCAUGCAGUAGCAAUGGGAAUCAGCACUUUGAAUAUAACAGUAGAAGAAAAAUCAGGUUUGGUACCGUUGUGGAACUUUGCGUUGAUGUCAGAGAUGAACAGGUCGUAUUACAGAAUUGUACCAGAGAGAACAGAAUAGAAUCACGUCAGCAAUGGAAUGUACAGAAGAGUGGAGAAAUUAUUCAUGCCUUUUCUGGGAAAUGCAUUGAGGCAAUAAGGAAUGCCACAAGCCAAGACCUGUUUCUAAGGCCAUGCAACAAGGAUGUCACCCAACAGCUGUGGCGAUUCGAGCAACUGUCUGUCAUAAAUGAGAGAUGAGCUGUCGCACCUGAUGCCUACUAUGUGAUGGCUGCAGUUCAUAUCCCCCUGCCUAGUCAGGAGCUGUCAAGUAUUUCAAGGGUGUACAGAACUCAAGACUACUGACCACGUGUGCCUUGUACAUUGUUUGUACUGAAAAUCAUCACUAUUUCCAAGCAUCUUUGAAGAGCUGGAAAAGAUAAUCAAAAUAGAUUAUGUGACAUAAUUGAUCUGUCUAAACUCCACUCACAAUUAGGAUCAGCAAAAAUGGAACUAAUUCUCAUUCCAAGCAGAAUCCGUUGGCCAACAUAUUGUGUACAUUCUUUUUUUUUAAUAUGUUUCUAUUUUGUGGCAGCACUGUUUACUUUAAUGAUUGAAUAAGAAAAAAUAAACUUGAACAGCAUUCUAA